UUGAAACUGGUGUGGACGCGAGACGCGCACACACAUUCCCACACACGGGCACGCACACACACACACUCACACAGAGACGCGCAAACUCGCGCACGCAGCAGCUCCGAGCGCUGGGAGUUUUCGGCGCUCAGGUGAUCGGAGAUCCGUGUGGGAGAAGUUGGGAGAAGGGACAGCGGGAAAGAAAGAAGCGCCGCAGGAGAAUGAUCCGGUUCUGAGAAUCUGCGCUUUGCCCUUUUUCUGCAGGAACGGCACACGAGAAAAAGAAAAACAGGAUGAUUUCGUCGUCCUCGAACUCCAGCUCCGGCAUGGUCCACCCCAGGCCUUGACCACUCCAUAGGAAGGGUCCCCCCCCCCCUCCGCCCCGCCCCGGGGGUGUCAGCGGUCACCAUGACGACUGUAUCCGGCAGGAGCCUGGUGCUGGUGGAGUACAAGUAUGAGUACUCCAACCGGGAAGGCGUUCCGGUGACCAUCCAGCCCAACGAGAGGUACGUCCUGCUGGAAAAGACCAACGAGAACUGGUGGCACGUGCGCAAGGACAAGCGCAGCCCGCCCUUCUUCAUCCCCGCCAAGUACGUGAAGGAGCUGCCGGCGGACUUCCCCUCUCCGCUGGACUUCCUGCAGCCGGGCGGGCCCCCCAGCCCGGGGCCGGGCGCGGGGGAGGGGCCCUGCGAGGUCACCAUCCGGGUGCAUUCGCCCCGCCGGCGUCACAAGAAGAAGACGGAGAACCGGCUGUCCACGUUCGGCGUGCCGCUGGACGUGCCCGACCCCGUGCAGAAGCGUGGCGGCGCGCGCGACCUCCCGCGCGCGCGGGACAGCCCCCGGAGCCCCCGGAGCCGCCAGCGCGCCGCCGCGGCCCCCGUGGAGACCCCGCCCCGCUCCCCCGCCGACGAGCUGCCCCUGCCGCUGCUCGUCUCCAAGGUGCCCAGCUUCAGCCCGGCGGACCCCGUGGUCCGGCCCACGCUGGCCAAGCCCGUGGAGACGCCCACCGUCCGGGACCUGCAUCCCGUGGAGACGCCCGCUCUCCGGGACCUGCAUCCCGUAGAGACGCCCUCCCUCCGGGACCUGCAGCCCAGCGAGCCCGCGGACCACCCCAAGCCGCCCGCGGAGUUCGACGACCCGCCCGAGACGGACUCCGACCAGUCCGACGACUCGGAGCAUAUUUACGAAUCGCUGUCGGACUUCCCGGGCUUGAGGCUACCGGAUUCGCCCGUCACGGAAACGGCUCCUUCCCAUCAGCCCCCUGCUCCGGCUCCGCCCCCUCAUGCCUCACAGACGGGGAGCUCCAGCCCCAACACCGCGCUUUCCCCCAACGUUCCCGAUCUGAGCAAGACCGGCCCCCGUCUGGCCCUGCCCCCCUCCCCCUCCCCGUCCCCCGGAGGGGCCCGGCACCUCUCCGCCGAUUCGGACGAAUGGGAGGUGCACACUGACCGGGACAGCGGGAAGGAGUACUACUUUCACCGCGCCUCGGGCCAGUCCACCUGGGACAACCCCCUCAGCCCCUUCAUGGAGCCCGAGUCACCCCAGGAGGGCCAACCCAAGCCCCCGCCCGAACCCACCCCUCCGCCGUCUGCCCCUGCCCCAGCCCCGGCCCCGGCCCCGGCUCCGGCCCCCACGCCCACCCCCACCACGGGGGGCUCCGGCUGGGAGAAGCACAUGGACGAGGCCACCGGGAGGCCCUACUUCUACAACCAGGCGUCCGGGGAGACGUCCUGGGCGCCCCAGGGGGACGAGCCCACCCCAGCCGGGGCCACGGGGCCCCCGGGCCUGGCCAAGCCCCCCCUGCAGGACGUUCCGCCUCCCCUCCCGGACGAGGACUACCCCGUGGAUGACGAGGCGGAGUCAAAGCCACCCCCUACCUACCCCAAAGACUACAGCUUCACCAAGCUGAAGCGCUCGCUCAUCCCACGCGUGAGCCUGGACACCAAGCCCCUGGCCGGCUGGACCCGUUCGGUGGACCCUGACGGCAAGAUGGUGUUCACCAGCGAACACAGCCAGGAGCAGUGGAUCAAGUCGGUGGAUGACAGAGGACAGACGUACUACUACCUGAGAGACGGGUCCCGGUCCCAGUGGAACCUGCCUGAGCUCCCAGCCCCCGGCAGCAGCUCCCCAAAGGUGGGGAACGGGGUGGAGCCUGAGGGGGUGCCGGUUCUGAAGAACUGGAGACAGACCAUAAGCCCCUCCCCUUUCAGCCCCACCCCUUUCAGCCCACCUAAGGAAGAGCUGAAGUUCUUCCCCACGCACGUGAGGAAGAUCUCAGACUACAGCAGUGAUGCCUUCAGCUCGGGGAAUUCCCCAGAGUUACUUCACCAGCCUGAUAGGUUCAGACACCAGAGGACCCCGUCCAAUCAGAGUUCAGACUCUCAACAGCAUGUGGGUUCUAACGCCUCAACCGGGCCUGAGAAAAGCUGGGCCCAGACUUUGGAAAAAGCCGGAAUUCUCAACAAAACCAAGAUAGCGGAGAAUGGGAAACGGCUGAGGAAGAACUGGGCUCAGUCCUGGACUGUCCUGCACGGUGGAGUUCUGACUUUCCACAAAGACCCGAAGUCCGCUCCCACUGGAAACGCGAACAAAAGCAAUCAGAUCGUCCCAGAAUUCACGGUGGAGUUACGAGGGGCGAAUGUUCAUUGGGCCUCGAAGGACAAAUCCAGCAAGAAGCACGUCCUGGAGUUGAAGACGCGGCACGGGUCUGAUUACCUGGUGCAGUACGACACGGAGAGCAUCAUCAGCGACUGGUACAAAGUGAUCGUGGAGACCAUCCGCCAGCUGGAUCUCGAGCAUCACUCUGAAGAGGAUGAGGAUGACGAGGAUUCAGACGACAAGAGGAGGUCCUCCAACAGGCAGAGCACCACCUCCUCCGGCCACAGCAGUGAGACGGACCAGGGCAGGGUGCGCACCAAGCUCCGCAAGUUCCUGCAGAGGAGGCCCACGCUGCAGUCCGUCAAGGAGAAGGGCUACAUCCGAGAUAAUGUCUUUGGCUGCCAUCUGGACAUUCUGUGUUAUCGGGAGAACACCAAUAUCCCGCGCUUCGUUGAGAAGUGCAUCACGUCCGUGGAGAAACGAGGCUUGGGCGUGGACGGGAUCUACAGAGUGAGCGGAAACCUGGCCGUUAUACAGAAGCUGCGCCACAAAGCGGAUCACGAGGAGAACCUGGACUUGGACGACGGGCAGUGGGAGGAGAUCCACGUGAUAACGGGAGCCCUGAAGCUGUUUUUCAGGGAGCUUCCCGAGCCUCUCUUCCCCUUCAGCAGCUUCGACCGCUUCAUCGCCGCCAUCCAAGUCAGUGAUAAAAGACAGAAGGUGUCUUUCAUUCACGACCUGGUUAAGGGUCUCCCCCUGCCCAACCUGGAAACCAUGAAGGCCCUUUUCAGCCAUUUAAUCAAGGUGGUGGCCCACGGCGACGAGAACCGCAUGUCGGUGCAGAGCGUGGCCAUCGUCUUCGGCCCCACGCUGCUUCGUCCCGAAACCGAGUCGGCCAACAUGACCAUGCACAUGAUCUUCCAGAGCCAAAUCGUGGAGCUCAUCCUCAACGAAUACCAACAAAUCUUCGGCCAAGACUGAGAAUCCAGAGUCUGAUCGCGGACACGGGAUGCGGCAGGGGGCAGGGGGCAGGGGACAGGGGACAGGUGGAAAAAAAUGCAAGGGGACUCAGGUUAAAGCAAGGGACAGUGGGGCUGGGUGGGGACUGCACAGGGGGUCUUUUGGACGAGCUCAGUGAGGGCUCAAUAGCUGGCUUUUUUGCAUUUGUUUAUUUUAAAUUGGUGGGGUUUUUUUUAUUGUCUGUUGUGUCGAUCUCCAUCUCCAAGUGUCUGUCGGUCCUGCCUUCUUUCUUCCACAUUUCAUUUCCCUAUCCCCCCGUUUUGGUACUCCUAAUCUUCUCAGGUUAGGAUAAUGGAGUUUGUUAGCACUAGAAGAACUGUCUGGACCAAAAUUUUGGCGUUUUUGGCUACUCAUCGCAAUGCUGCGCUAACCAAAUGCCUUGGUGUUUUUGGAUGCCUUUCCGAAGCCUGGGGCUAACAGCUCACGUGAUGACAUUUGCUGAUUUUGUGGCAUACACGUGCUGCUCCCAGCAAUACCAUUAUCUGGAUUUCUGGAUUUCACCACAGUCAGCCAUGGGAAGGUUUAUGAAACAUGGAUUAUGCCGCCGAGUUGCUAUAUUCCAUAAAACAUUGUAAUGAUGGUUUAAUAUGCAAGAUACCUCCAAAGGUAUGUUACCUUGAUAUAAAAGGGCCUUAAUGUGAAAGGGACGGUCGAUUGCUUCAUGUGUAUUGUACAACUUUUCUAAACAUUUAAAGAGGAAAAAUAUCUUGUUGUAUCUUGUUGUAGCUACUUUGUAUUGAAAGGGCACAGUACAUUUAUAAAAUUAUAUGUUAUUAAUGAGGGUCCAUACUUUAAACAGCAUGUGGUUACACUCUGUUGUUUGUUAGCGUUAUUGCUAUAUGGAAACUGGAUGAUACAAAAGUGUUAAAUCUAAGGGCUUUUUUGUGGAAAAUUUGAUGGACAUUGUACAUACAUAAGAGCAGAUUUACCCUAUAAAUGUUCUUUUAAUAAAUAAUAACUUAAUUUU